GAGGGAGAGAGAGAGGGAGAGGGAGAGGGAGAGGGAGAGGGAGAGAAAGAGAGGGUAUAACUUGGUAUCCAUCUUUUCCGUUCAUUUUGGCAGAGAAUUAACAGCAAAAACAGCAACAACAACACCACCACCAACAACAACAACAACAACAACAACAACAACAACAACAACAACAACAACAACAACUUACUGAGUCCUAAAUAUCGCCUCUCAUUGGAAAGUCCUCCUUUCUCUGGAAUAUGUGGACCAUACCCAAGCCCAGAUACAAGAACGGUUCCGCCGGGGAGGAGAGUGAGGAUGAGAUCGCUGUGAACAUUGGCGGGGUGAGAGUGGUGCUUUUCGGGGACGUUUUGAACCGUUACCCGGAGAGUCGCCUGGCUGAACUAGUGAACUGCUCACCUCAAAACUACGACGGCAUCUUGUCUCUCUGUGACGACUUUGACCCGGGCAGAAACGAGUUUUACUUUGACCGAGACCCCGAUGCCUUCAAGUGCAUCCUUGACGUUUACUACUUUGAUGAGAUUCACAUCAAGCGAGGCAUUUGUCCCAUUUGUUUUCUCAAGGAGAUGGAGUUCUGGAAGAUCGACCCCAGCGUGCUGGACGAGUGCUGCAAAAGUGACCUGAGCGAGAAGGAGGUCGAGUUGAAGGAGAUCGCCAGCAAGGUGCUUCUCAUCUUGGAGGACAUGGACAGCGAGCCCCCCGUGACUCGCUCUGAGCGGUACCAGAGAUUCCUCUGGAAGAUGAUGGAGAAGCCCGGCUCUUCGUUGGUGGCGCGCGUCGUCGCCAUCGCCUCGUUCCUCUUCAUCCUUGUCUCCUCCAUGGUGAUGUGCGUGGGUACCAUCCCGGAGCUCCAGGUUAUGGACACCGAGGGGAAGCUCGUGGAACACCCGACCCUGGAGGCGAUAGAGACCGCCUGCAUCUUGUGGUUCACCGUGGAAUACCUGCUGCGUCUCGCGUCCUCUCCAAACAAGCUGCACUUUGCCUUCGCGUUCAUGAACGUCAUCGACUUCAUGGCCAUCGUACCGUUCUACGUCGUCCUCAGCCUCACCUACUUCGGCACCAGCGCCAUGAUGGAGCUGGCCAACGUUCAACAAGCGGUGCAGGCUCUUCGUAUCAUGCGCAUCGCGCGCAUCUUCAAGUUGGCACGCCACUCGUCCGGGCUGCAAACCCUCACGCACGCGCUCAAGAGGAGCCUCAAAGAACUGGGCCUGCUGCUCAUGUACAUGGGAGUGGGGAUCUUUGUGUUCUCUGCACUGGCCUACACCAUGGAGCAAAGCCACCCGGAGACUCUGUUCAAGAGCAUCCCGCAGUCUUUCUGGUGGGCCAUCAUCACCAUGACCACGGUGGGCUACGGAGACAUCUACCCCAAGACGACGCUCGGGAAGUGCAACGCGGCCGUGAGCUUUCUCUGCGGGGUGAUAGCUAUCGCUCUGCCCAUCCACCCCAUUAUAAACAACUUUGUGGUGUUUUACAACAAGCAAAAGGUGCUGGAGACGGCUGCCAUGCACGAGGUGGAGCUGAUGGAGUUGAAGUCGGGCAGGAGCGCGCGAAGAACCAGCGCGACUCCAGGCGACUUGCAGCAACCGCGUGCGCGCACAGCACAGUGACAUGCGUGCGUCCCCAUCAUCCCUGCAGUUGUGCAAAGUGUGUUAUGGCACAGGAACGGCGUUGCAAGCAUUUUGGACAAAUAGAAUACCGUGUUGAUAGGGCUUUAUAACAAGCGUUAUUGACGGUUUUGAUAUCUGUUUUGAUUCAUCUCAAUAGUGUGCAUGCCUCUAUGUGUCUAUAUUCACGCUUUUAUGUUAUACGUUGUAAACAUUAAAAAACAAAACAUUGGAAACGAUAUUAUUGAUAUUUUUCUUCUUCUUUUUAAAAUAAUUAUAUUUGAUUUGCUGCCUACAAAACAAAGCUGCAUGACAUUAGGCCUACUGUAUUCACGGAUUUGUGAAUACAGUAUUAUUCUAGAAUAACGAUGAUGUUUUUUUCUGUGGCGUUGCAAUGUUUUUCUCAGUAAA